AUGCAUCACCAGCUCGAUCCGCACGAGCGCCCGCCAGACGGCAUUCGCGCCGUGUACAAAAAGUACCAAAAGAUGAAGCGGCACGAGCUCGACCAAGACGACGACAUGAUCGAUGUACCGCUCGACAAGGAUUCACCCGCCGCAGUCGACCGCAAACUGCGUCUUGUGCAGGAAUACGCCGCCAUCGACCUGACCGCUACUUUCCGCGCUUUUGGCGGCCAAGCCGCACCCACGACCGUCUCGUCACGCGUGGUGGCCGUGUACGAGCACACAGACAUGCCCGGUCUACACAUAGUCCCCCAUCUGCUGCCUGUGCAAACUCAGUCUCUACUCCUCUCCCGACUGCUGCACCGCGACGUGUCUUGCCCCCGUCACCUGACCAAUAUCCACACGCACUAUGCUCUUGCGUAUCCCCCAGACCACGCCUCUUUCUUCUCCCUGUCCCCCUCGGCCUCUACGCCCGUUGCCACGCCGCUGGACGCUGCAGUCCACAAGCCGCUGUCGGUCGCGCAGCUGCUGACCAAGAAGCUGCGCUGGACCACGCUGGGCGGCCAGUACGACUGGACCGCCAAACGCUAUCCCGAGGCCGCCCCGCCCCCGUUUCCAGGCGAUAUCAAACAUCUGCUGGAAUCGCUUUUCCCCAGUACAAGGGCUGAAGCGGCAAUUGUCAAUUUGUACUCUCCCGGCGACACGCUGAGCGUGCAUCGCGAUGUGGCCGAGACGAGCUCCACGGGCCUUGUAAGCGUGAGUCUGGGCUGCGACGCCAUCUUCGUAAUUGGAAACGUGAGCAGCGACGGAGAAGGCGGAAGUGGACAAGUACGGGAAAAGGUGGUGACGCUGAGACUGAGAUCCGGCAGUGCCGUGUAUAUGAGCGGCUCGUCGCGGUUCGCAUGGCACGGCGUGCCGCAGAUAGUGGCGGGCACGUGUCCCGAGUAUCUCAAGGCAUGGCCUGGCACUCUGCAGGGAGAAGAACAGGAAGAACAGGAACAAGAAGAAAAAGAGAGGGAUGAGAAUACAGGAUAUCAAGAAUGGAGCGGGUGGAUGGCCAACAAGAGAGUCAACCUCAACGUGCGUCAAAUGUGGGAUUGA